AGUCAGCGAGCUGACGUGCUUUGGUUAUAGCUUCAAGCUUUCCCGGUUGAUUAUGAAAUUAGCCACCAUCAAUGAAGAACCACAAUACGACACGCCACUGGGGAACUUCCACAGCCUUUCCACACCUUUUUCAAAGGUCGCUGACCCCUGAAAAAGGACUGAACCAGUUUGACUUUUGUUUGUUAAUGACACUGAACUUUAAUAUACUGGAUGAAAACUUUUAUCAAGUGAGGAGAUGGCCAAAGUGCACAGACUCUAUGUAGGAAUAGUAAUCGCUCUGACCUUAUGCAAAUACUGCCUGGCAGAGUGGAAUGCCACAGACGCGCCUCCCACUGGAACUGUGUCCGACUGUCAUCUCCAUGGCAACAGAGACAAUUGCACAGACUCCUCCCCUUUCUACACAUUUUACUCCUCCAGAAGACACAGUAGAUACUGGACAGUCGAAUGGGCACUUCUCAAAAUGCCCAGAGGAACUUGAGUAUUACUGCAUCCAUGGGGAGUGUCGUUACAUAAAGGACCAGGAUGCACCGUCCUGCAGGUGUCAGAUCGGUUACAUUGGUUCCAGGUGUGAGUACCUAAAUCUGGAGGUGCAGAUACAAGGCAAACAGAGAAUCAUAAUUACCUGUGCCAUCGCAGGGCUUGUGCUAUUAAUUCUUCUUGUUGUUUUCAUCUGCAUCUGUUCACGUCGUAGGAGGAGAUUGCAAAGGGACAGACAAAGGGAGGAACCAAGGAAUGGGACGGAGAAGCUUGGCAUGAUGAUGGACAGCAAUGCAACAGGCUCAACUUUAAAGCCGGACUCAGCAGAGCAAGCCCUCACAAAUUCUGUAUGAGAACCUAGCUGAGGAACGUGUCUGGGAAUCUUUUAUACAUAAAAGAUGAUAGCUGUCACCUUCGCUUAAGCAGUCGGAGGUUUGUGAACGGCACCGAGGCAUUUAUGGAUAAAGUGCAUCUGUCGGUGCACUUUAUGGGAGUUUAUACAGUUCCUUUUAACACUCUUCAAAGAAGUGUGAGAGCAAAGAAGAUGCCGUCCAGGAUUUAUGAUAAAUAUCAGUCGGAGAGCUGUGUUUAGCUGCUGGUGUGCUGGCACGGGUGAUUUUUCCACUUCUGUGGAGAAACAGGCUCAUCUACCCUCUGACUAAGUGCUGCUGGGCUGCACCGCACUAAAUAAACUGUUGCUAUCCUGGAAAAGGCUGUGACACUAUUUGGCAGGCAGUGAUAACAGUUGAUCCGGCUGACCAGAUAGUGCCCUUCGUGGGCGACACAUGGACACUAAGACAUGGAAGAAAAAGGACUGCACGAAGAUACGGCACUCCAUAAACUCCCGUCAUGUGAACAAACCAUUAGAUGUAUAGAAAUCCUCAAGAGUACUGCCAGCUGCUGUUUUAGUAGCUUUGUGUCAUUUUUGUAUUGCUCCUAUUUGUUUAAGGCUGGUUUUGCUUUAGUGUCACGUCACAAGAUCAGAGUGUUUAUUGUACAGGCACCAGUAAAAUCAACAGUUAUCGCGUAUUCAGCAAUCCACAGAAAUGAACUAACACCGAAUAUUGUUACUCAGAAACAUUAGCAAUGCAAGAAAAGCAUGUAUAAUUACACACACACACACACACACACACACACACACACACACACACACACACACACACACACACACACACACACACACACACAUAUAUACAGUAUGUAUAAAAUGAGGUUCUGGAUUCUCCUGGUUUGGAGGAGGACAAGGAGAACUUGUGCUGUAGGCUGUUUUGAUCUGUAUAUUUGGAGCCGAGCAGCCUCUGAGCUACAGAGGCUGAACAGCUGAGCCUGUGUGUGGAGGCUUGGCUUAACUAAAAGCGCUCCACUGUAUGAGACAGUUUCCAAACUUGCUAGCCUUUCACUUUGGGGUUUUAAUGUGUAUCUGUAUGUGUAUGAGCUCUAAAUGCAGUCUGAAGAGAGUGAGGACAAAGUCAGAGAAGCUUGUUCUCAUGUUUAUAUGUCACCUGUCAGUAAAUGUGCCUCCUACGUGCACUGUGCAUUUGCAUUUGCUUCAGCCAUUUUUUUCUAAUUUGUCUUUUCGAAUGAAACUGACACUAUGUGGUGCUCUCUAAUAAAUGGAACAUGCCUUUACUCUGCAGGCUAAUAAAUGUUCACGAUCGCUGCUGAUGUGCAAAUUCC